CCUUCUCUCUCUCUCUAAAUCUUUCCUCUCUCUAAAUUCUUUUCUCUCUUGAAAUCCUUCUCUCUUUUUUAGGGACUCACACAUUCAAAUCCUCGCCCCCUCCCUUUUCUCUCUCUUAUCAAAUUUCCUCUUUUAUGAGGGGAUUCGAAACUGGCUUCGGCGGUGGCAUUUUGAGUGGCGAAAGCGGCGGCGCCUAAUUGGGCGGUGAUAGUGGCAGCCAUGGAUUGGGUGGCGUCAGCGGCGAUCGCAGCGACGGCGACGACAGCAACUUGGGCGCCCACAAAAAGGCUUCUCCUUGACAACCCACCGGGGUCCCACCCGUUUGACGGCGGGUUCGUACACCGGGGUCUGUUCCGGGCGGCAGUUUGGUUGCUCGACAGGGAGGGCGAAACAUUGAGCCGGCUGGUCCAGGAAGGAGGGGAGGAUUACUCACUUGUGCUGGUGGGGCACUCACUUGGGGCGGGCGUGGCAGCACUCGCAGCGGCACUGGUUGUGAACCACCCAGACCGGUUCGGGGGAAUCCCGAGGAAUCGGGUCCGGUUAGCAGUGGCACCGCCGCGGUGCAUGUCGUUGGACCUCGCGGUUAAGUAUGCGGAUGUUAUACAUUCUGUUGUUUUGCAGGAUGAUUUCUUGCCAAGAACUCUGACUCCCUUGCAGUAUAUUUUUGGAUCUAUCUUCUGCUUGCCCUGCUUACUGUUCUUUGUUUGCAUGAGAGACACAUUUACAUCAGAAGAAAGAAAGCUUAAGGACCCAACUAGGCUUUAUGCUCCGGGUAGAAUGUUUCAUAUCGUCGAGCGAAAAUUUUGCAGAUGUGGUAGAUUCCCACCGGAGGUGAGAACAGCGAUUCCUGUCGAAGGCAGAUUUGAGCAUAUUGUGCUGUCAUGUAAUGCUAUAUUUGAUCAUGGGAUUAUUUGGACAGAGCGCGAAGCACAGAAGGCCUUGGAAUUAAUGGAGCAAAGAGAAGAAGCAACAACUCCUCCUCCACAUCAAAGCAUGGAGAGAACACAAUUCCUCGCGAGAGAACGCAGCGAUGCGGUAGAAAUAGCGACGAGGUUGAACGCGGAACAGCAAAUGAGACUUUCCGAAGAAGAAUCCACUCGAGAUAUCAUUAGUGGAGCCUCAUCAUGCAGUGAUUCCUCCUCAUCUAGUGGGAGAUGUGAUUGGGAUGAGAUGGUGGAGAAACUUCUAAUCAAUACCAAUGAAUCCGACGAUCUUACUUGUGUACAGAAUAUUGAUAUCAGUUGUUGUAAUAACUGGGACUAUUCCUAAAGUUUAGGUUCAUCUGAGGUUGUUCUUUGUUGUAUAUUAUAUGAAAUCACAUCAUUCUUUUUGAUGACAUGAAUAAGGUGUUGUAUUAUUAUAGAAAUUUGGGUUAAUC